AUGACAGACCGCAUGUUACCAUUCCGUCAGUUACUGAAACCGAGUACACCUUUUAAGUGGGACUCAACUCUCGAUGACCUCUUUCAGGAGUCAAAAGCGGUGAUCAUCAACGAGAUUGAAAAUGGUGUGCGCAUAUUUGACCCCACUAAGCUGACUUGCUUAGCGACGGAUUGGUCUAAAAAUGGAAUAGGGUUCUGGUUAUUCCAAAAACACUGUGACUGUGCUCAAAUUUUACCGUUUUGUUGUACUGAUGGAUGGAAAAUAACUUUAGUUGGAAGCAGAUUCACUAGUGCUACAGAAUCGCGAUAUGCACCAGUCGAGGGCGAAGCAUUAGCCGUAGCUGAUGCUCUUGAGAAGGCUCGAUAUUUUGUACUUGGAUGUGAAAACUUAGUGAUAGCAGUGGAUCAUAAACUGCUGUUGAAACUAUUUGGGGAUAGGUCUCUAGAAGACAUCCCUAAUGCUCGACUCCCCAACCUGAAAGAAAAGACGCUUCGAUACAAGUUCAAGAUGCUACAUGUACCAGGUGCCAAGAACCGAGCACCAGAUGCCGUUUCACGUAACCCGACUGGAGAUGCAGAACCAAUGGUACUCAUUGAUGACAUCUCAUCAGUAUCCCUGAACAAUGAAUCUUACCUGUACUUAUCAGUUGCUUAUUCAAUUGAAAACUUGAAAUGUGUACCAUGGGACAAAGUGCGCACAGCUACCUCGAGCAACGAAUCUAUGCAUCAACUAGUGGAGAUUAUAGAAACGGGUGUUCCCGCCGCUCGUACUGACUUCCCGUCUUCCCUACAAGGUUUCUUCCUGUUUAGAGACCAUUUGUCCACAGUUGACAGUGUCGCUAUCUACAAAGACCGACUGGUGAUCCCACCUUCGAUACAACAGGAUAUACUUACCUCCCUUCAUUCCGCUCACCAAGGGGUAACAUCAAUGACAUCUAGGGCUGAACAGUCUGUCUUCUGGCCAGAAAUAACUGCUGACAUCACGAGUAUAAGGCAUAAUUGCUCACAUUGUAAUCGUAUGGCACCUUCUCAGCCCAAUCCUCCUCCAACACCACUUGUAUACGCUCAAUACCCGUUUCAAUGUCUAUCUGCUGACUUCUUUCAUUACAAGGGUGUAAAUUACCUUGUGAUAGAGGACAGGUAUUCAAACUGGCCCAUCGUAGAAAGAUCUACCAAUGGUUCAACGGGUCUAAUAGACAGUUUGCAAAAAACAUUCAUUACUUUUGGAAUUCCAGAUGAACUGGCCUCAGAUGGGGGCCCAGAGUUCACUUCGACUGCAACACGAGAUUUCUUGAAAACUUGGGGUGUACACCACAGACUCUCUUCCGUGGCAUUCCCACACAGUAACUGUAGAGCAGAGGUUGGUGUCAAAACGAUAAAGCACAUGAUCACUGACAACACUGGCCCGAAAGGCGAACUUAACACUGAUGCCUUCCAGCGCGCCAUUUUGCAGUAUCGAAACACCCCUGAUCGGGAUACAAAACUUUCAUCUGCUAUGUGUGUACUCGGACGUGCUUUGAAAAACUUCAUUCCCAUCCUUCCGGGUCGUUACCUACCCCACGACACAUGGCAAGACACUCUAGCUCUACGUGAGGCUGCCCUCAGAAAUAGACAUAUAAAAAUAGGGGAACGCCUUAGUGAACAUACCCGACGUCUACCACCACUCAAAGUUGGUGACUUCGUCAGAAUACAAAACCAGACUGGUUGUCACCCUCUAAAGUGGGAUAAAACAGGUCAGGUCAUUGAAGUCCAUCAAUUUGACCAAUAUGCCUUACGAACUGAUGGUUCUGGACGAAUAACACUAUGCAACAGGAAAUUCCUCCGUCGUUACACACCUGUGUACCAACCUCCAACACGACAAACCAUUGCGACUGAUUUACAGAGUCUAUCAAAAACUCCUAUGCCUCAGUCGACUCUCAUACAGACACCGUCGAAACCUGGAAUCACUUACGGUAAUUUAGACACCGACAUGAGUACCACUAGAAGGGACACUUCACCAAUUCACCGUGGCGAACUUACUAGUAACACGCCCGUUGAUUCCCCAGACACUAUGUGUAAUAACCCAGAUCCUAAACCGGUCCCUUCUACUCCAGAUACCAUGCCCGCAUUACCGACACCUCAGCCUGGAUCAACACCUCAAGAACAACCCAUCCAACCAACCACACUACCACCUACAUUCACCACACCCACGACUCCGCGACGUUCCAAACGACCAAGUGUGAAACCAGGAUGGUUACAGGAUUAUGUGCAGUUGAUAACGGGGCAGAAUAAUCCCCCGGCUGGAGGGCAGUCUAACCUGUGA